CGCGUUCCGCUCUACUUGCUCGUUGAACAGCACCUUCGGACUGUCUUUGAGUCUGCAGUCAUCUGCGGGCCAGUAUCCGUCUUCAUCACCGUCCUUCCCUUCCUCCCCUGCCUGUCCAAGGCCGGCGCUCUGAUGCUGGCUUAUCGACCUGUCUUAGCUUCUUGCAUUCCCCGCGCGAAGUCUCGUGCUCUCAGCUUCUCCGCCUGAUGGGUAACAAUCCAUCCAAGGGCCCUUCGGGAGACCCUUUGCCACCACAGAACCUGGCUUCGAAUCUGACGGUUCCUGUAAGCGACAAGAGGCUCCCCAGACGGCCGUCGAAUGUUGCAGAGUCAGGCACAGCGAAGACUACCGCCGCCGCCCUAUCCCCCUCGAAAGGGAACGCCACUGGACAAUCCGCUUCGAACAACCAGACCUCGUCCGUCCAGCAGCGUCUACAGUCCAGUAAUACCUCAAAUGUCCCAAUCCAAGAUUCUAAUCGGCAAGACAAACAUGAUAUCAAAAUAACGGAAACCGCCGACGGCCCGUCUCGCGACCAGUCCAACCCCGUUCAAGUCCCCUCUGCUCGUUCCACAGCCCAACACGACCCGUACCCACCAUUCUCGCCUUCUGGGCCUCCUCCGAAUACCUACUAUGGUGCUUCUGCACACCUCAGACGCCCUCCUCGACUGCCUCUGCCCAUUGGCGAUGCCACUGCCACCCCAGGUUCUCCCAUUAUUGGGCCUGCGGAAUCGCAGAUGGCAGAACCUCCUGACGACAGGAUUCUGGAUGAGCAGACAAAACAGGAUACAUCCACCUCCAAUACUACAAUCGAUGAGGAUAUCAAUGUGGAUGAGUUUCAGACGUAUGCUGUGCCGACGCUGAUUAAAUGGACUGGCGCCGGCCAUAAGAUCUACGUGACAGGUACAUUUGUGAAUUGGGAGAAGAAGUUUCGCCUUCAUAGGAACGAGAAUAACCCCCGUAUCAUGUCCACAACAUUAAAUCUCCGCCCUGGAACUCAUCAUCUAAAGUUCGUUGUUGAUGGUGAUAUGCGAGCAUCAGACGACCUUCCCACGGCGGUUGAUUUCACAAAUCACCUGGUCAACUAUGUAGAAGUCAGCCCGGACGACGUUCAUCGAUCACGCGGAGUGACCGUCCCUCCAGGAAUCCACCCGCCGCAGGUUCUUCCCGAACUUUUUGGAACCGAGCGAAUUGGGGAUAAUGUAAAAGACACCGCCGAGAAGGAGGAGGAGCCGGAGGAAGAGAUCCCUAUUGGGGACUUCCGCAGAAUUAUCCCACCGUUCCUUGUCGAUCUAGACAAGGAAGAAGAUGGCCCGGCUUAUCAGCAGGCCGUAAAUAUUAUUGGGGAUGCAUCUGCACCUCCAAGUCUUCCUCUAUUCCUUGGAAAGUCAAUAUUGAAUGGCACCACGCCGAUGAAAGAUGACAACAGCGUUCUCAACUAUCCCAAUCACACGGUCCUGAAUCACUUGGCAACGAGCAGCAUUAAGAACGGCGUGCUGGCCACCAGUGUAACAACGAGAUAUAAACGAAAGUAUGUGACGACAAUAUUGUACAAACCUACGAGUGAUGUUACCGGUUAGAGUAUGCAUUGAAGAUAACGAAGGGAAAGAAAUAAAUAACCACAAGUACUACCCGUGACUUAAUAGUUUCAUUAUACAUUUUAUGACUAAAUGGAAUGAUUUCUGGAGCGGCAUGAUGAAGGCAAAAACGCGAAAACUGGAUAGGAUCGUUUUCUCUUCCUACUUGUGUUAAGAAUUCUAAUGAAUGCUGACAUUACUUAACUAUGUAUUAUUACUAUUUGCUCUCGGGUUCAUGGGUAGUUCCUUUUCAUUUUGCUUUAGGGCUGUAUUGUUACGGAGGGGACCGGCGACAAAGCCAGUGACGGCAAGGAUGAAUGAUAUCAAAGGGGAUACUCAGACUACGACGACAUUACAGGUGGUCGAGCACAGUCAUUGCCCACUGGCCUAUAUCGACAAGGAGGGCAAUUAAGCGAGGUCAUCAUUAAUCUCUCCACUUUACAAACACGUCGUCGGUCCGGAAUCGUUGUGUACAGGUCGAGUCCUUCAAUGGAGUGGUAAGCCCGGCCUUGAACGCAAGCAAACCUGCCUGUGCAAUCAUAACGCCAUUGUCAAUGCAGAACCGUUCAUCGGUGGCAUAUACACUGCCACCGCGAUCACGGGCCAUGAUCCCCAUCAUCUCCUGCAGCCGUUCGUUGCAGCCCACGCCGCCGACAACCAGAACCUCCCGGGAUCCGACAUGUGCCAUCGCUCGUUCAGUGAUCUCGACGAGCAUGGAGUAGAUAGUCUCCUGGAGCGAGAAGCAGAGAUCAGCACGUGUAGGCUUCGAAUCAUCAUUCGUAUUAUUUGUGGAAAUGUCGUCGUCAUUAUCAUCAUCUGCGCUCUCUUUCCCACGGAAACCGUACGUUUCCGCCAGCCCAUCAACGGCGGCCAGAAUGCCAGAAAAUGAGCAGUCCAUGCCCUUAACUGUGUAUGGGAGAUCCACCAACUGCUUCCCCUUUUUGGCCAGUUGCUCGAUGUUAUAUCCUGGUGCUGGAUCGUUGGAGAUUCGUAGCGUUCGCGCAAAACGGUCUAGGCAGUUUCCUACUGCGAUGUCGAGCGUUUCGCCGAAUAUGCGAUAUCUCUGAGAGCUGUAUGCGAUGACCUGUGUAUUACCACCGGAGACAUACAGGACGACGGGAUUCGUGGCACCG